AGCGAGCGCAGCCCAACGUUGACGAUGAAACCCAGUCGUACGCCCAUUUAUACCAGAGCAUAUGACACACGAGAGGAUUCAACCAUGGAAGCCAUGGCGUCAUCGCCGGCGGCUAAGCCUAAGCCCACCACCACCCUCCGCGUGGCCGCCUUCAGCGGCUCCCUCCGCAAGGGCUCGUGGCACGGCGGCCUCAUCCGCGCGGCCGAGGAGCUGUGCGAGGAGUCCAUCCCGGGGCUGCGAAUCGACCACGUCGACAUCUCCGGCCUGCCCAUGGCCAACCCGGACCUGGAGACGGACGACGGCGACGGCUUCCCGCCGGACGUCGAGGCGUUCCGCGACAGGGUCCGCGCCGCCGACUGCUUCCUCUUCGCCUCGCCCGAGUACAACUACUCCGUCACCGCCACGCUGAAGAACGCGCUGGACUGGGCGUCGAGGGGCAAGCACAAGGGAUGGGCGGACAAGGCGGCGGCCAUCGUCUCCGCGGGCGGCAGCUGCGGCGGGGGCAGGGCGGCGUUCCACCUCCGCCAGAUCGGGGUGUUCCUCGACAUCCACUUCAUCAACAAGCCGGAGCUCCAGGUCAGGGCGUACGAGGACCCGCCCAAGUUCGACGCCGACGGGAACCUCGUCGACGCCGAGACCAGGGAACGGCUCAAGCAGGUGCUCCUCUCGCUGCAGGCCUUUGCGCUCCGGCUCCAACAUUAAUUAGGAGGAGUGGACGACUCAGUGAAGAAGAAACUUGGCGCCGUAUGUGGUUCUGUAAGAAAGAGUAGCGCUGUUAAUGCUACUGUAAACUACUGUGCUUGUAAGAAAUCUGCGAGUAAUCGAUGACUUUGAGUUUGAUGUCCAUGGUCGGUUGGCGGAGUCGGGGAAGAAGCCAUAUGACGGUUGGGUGGCUGCGUCAAUCCCACAUUCCCACAAAGCCAUAAAAGUGUCAUUUUUUCAUCACUUUGGAGUCGUGUUGUGACUGUGUUUGUCUACAUUUCACAUCGACUGAUGUAAUGACCUUUUCUUUUUCUUUUUUUGAUUCUCAAUACAAUGCUACAAUGUUCUCA